AUGAAGUGGCUCCUUAGGGUACUCACUCGACGUGGAAAGAAGAAAAAAACGCCCAUUCCACCAAAGCCAUAUGUUGACACUGCAUCCGUGGCACGUCACAUGGUAGACCCGAGUCUCUAUGAUAUGAAUGAUCUAAAACACAUUGAUCCCGAGAAACCACACUGGCAAGACCCGCGGUUUGAGUCGCGUGAGAGUUUGCCAUUCUUUGAUUUCUGGGGGUAUAACAGAAACUGGAGUUGGACAUUGUUUAGGAUAUCUGCAAUUAUAUUUUUUGGUAUUUUUUACUGGGAAAUGCACACCUUAGCGUAUAUGCAAAAGGACACACCCAAGCUGACAGGGAGCACCACAGUUUCUCCUGUUCCUGACUAUGCGAGAGAUGAGAAAGCUACAGAAGAAGAACUUCGUGCCGCUGGAUUUGCUUACAUUGGUGUAAAAAAGUUAGAUAACCUUGGUCUUUUAGAUAAUUCUGUGUCCAAGAAAGAAAAAAAGGAUGUUUAG